UAGAAAAGCCUAGCAUUUGUAUGUGCAACACAAAUCAUCUGGUUGUAGGGUUGAAAUAUUCACAUAGUGAGAAGGCAAGGUAAAGUGGAAAAGUGCAUAUGGAGGUUUAGAGUCUACAGACCAUAUGGGUCUAGCGUAGCAACUAGCAACUACAUCUGCAAUUUAGAUAUCUCAUCAAGAAAUUCUACUGAGUUAAGGAAACAAAAUGGGACGUGGACGUGGUGUUAACGCUGUUGGUGGACAGAGUUCUUUGGGUUACCUAUUUGGAAGUGGAGAGACCACUAGCAAUGCCCAACCUGCUCAGAACCAAGGGCCAGAAGCAAACAUUGGACCUUCUCAGAAGACUACUGCUGCUGCUUCACAACCAAUUGAAAAGCAUAUUCGAGCAGGUGUUCCAGCGUAUCUUACAAACAAUUACUUCCGGGCAGAUGGGCAGAAUUGUGGCAACUUUAUCACGAAUCGACCAUCUACCAAAGUUCAAUCUGCUCCUGGUGGUGCAUCUUCACUGGGUUACCUCUUUGGUGGUGUUGGGGACUGAAUUCUUUGAUCUUCAAGGAUGCAUAAACCGUGCACAGUUUAGCAGAUGCCAUUCGCUAUUAUGAAAAUUAGUGUCUCUAUCCAGAAAAAAGUUUGCUUUGUCCUUGUGCAGUGUAAUGUGUUGCCUUGAUGUAAUUCAUGUGGCCGGACAUAUGUAGUCUUGGAUUUCGUUAUCAAAACCUCGCCCUUGUUCAGUAUUUGGUCUGUUUAUCAUAUAUGUCAACUAAAAUAUUUUUCUA